UUUUACAGUGUUAUUGCUAAGGCAAGUGGCUUUCCUAGUUGUCCUGUAAAUAAAAAUCGUGGAAAAAUACGUAGGCGGGCUUGCAUAUAAAAAUUGUAGUCUUUGGUCCGCAACACGCUCGCUCUUGUCAAUUCAUUAAGUAUAUUUACUGACAGAGACGUCAAGCGGUCGGCGCACGCGCAGCCCAGACAGUUGAUCAUUGGGUUGAUAACAACUGUAGCGUAUAGUAUUUAUUUGAUAAGGACCGCCGUCUCCGUGCAUUAUCUGUAAAAGUGGCAUUAGCUAAAUAUUAAUUUGUAGAACGGUACUACAAACUAAGUGCUAUGUCGAAGGAAACGAGCAGGAAAGUGCAAUAUUUGGCGGGUGUUUGUGCGGCCUUCGCGUUUACGUUUACUGGUGCAACACUGGCCUGGUCGUCACCGGCGAUUCCAAAGUUCAAAAAUGGCGAAGCGAAUAUUGUUAUCACUGAUACGCAGUUGUCAUGGGUGGUGUCUCUGCACUCGGCGGGAGCUCUCCUCGGCUGUUACGUUGGGCAGGUGUUGAACGAAAAGGCUGGAAGACGUCGAUCGUUCUUUGGUUCAGCGGUACCGGGCCUUAUAGGUGCGACCAUAAUACUAAAUACGUCGCUACCUGAACUUAUGUAUGUGGCCAGGUUUCUGAUGGGACUGGCUACCGGAAUCAUAGCUGUGGUAACAAUGAUUUACGUAACAGAAAUAUCUGACAAAGAGAUUCGUGGUGCUCUAGGGAUGACUGUCCAAGUCAUGAACAAUUUUGGCGGUUUGACUGUGUACAGUGUUGGGCCAUUUGUGUCAUAUUCAACGUUGAACUACAUAUUAUUGGUGAUACCCAUAUGUUACGUGAUGCUGUGCCUGUGGAUACCAGAAUCUCCGUAUUAUCACUUGAAGGACGGGCGUGUAGAAGCCGCGAGAAAGGAGUUUAUGAGACUUAAAGGCACUACGGAUGAAAGUGUGAUUGAAGAACAAAUGAACAUAAUGAAGGCUCAUGUUAGAGAGAGCAUGGAAAACAAGACAACACUCAAAGAAUUGUUGACUAACAUGAGAUAUAGAAAAGCUGUUUACAUAGUGACAGGUCUAAAACUGUUACAAUACAUGACUGGUAUUCUCGUCAUCCAGUCCUACUUGGAGCCGAUAUUCAGGCACAGCAGUUUUGUGUCGGGCCCCAUUGCUAGCAUUGUCUAUGGAUUCGUGCAGUUAGGCGCGGGUAUCGGAGCCACAUUCCUGUCCAGAUUUUUUGGCCGAAGGAUCCUGCUCUUCAUCUCCUGCCUCGGAGUGUCAGUCGCGAUGACAAUAGUCGGCCUCUACUUCUUCCUACAUGACACCAUUCAAGUCAGCCCCGAAGUCUCUCGAGCGAUUUCUUGGAUGCCUUUGGUAGGAAUACUGAGUUUCAACGUGCUAUACGCGGUCGGGGUUGGGAACCUACCAUAUGUAUUACAAGCCGAAUUGUUCCCGGUCAAUGUGAAAGGUGUAGCGUCUAGCACAGCGACUAUGCUCGCUUGUGUUCUAAGUUUCUUAGUUACGAAAUGCUACCAGCAAGUCAAAGACGCGUGUGGCCACUACAUGGUGUUUUGGUCAUUCGCGCUAGUCGGCUACAUCGGACUGUUCUUCAUAUAUUUCUUCGUACCAGAAACGAAAGGCAAGACCUUAGAAGAAGUACAGGAUAAUAUUCAGGAGAAACUCCCCGAGGAAGAGGUUUUGAAUCCAGAGAAAGAAAAACCGCAAAUUAACUAACCAUUGAUAUUUAACUGUGCCAUUAUUGCUGUAAAGGAAGUUUAACACUCCAACAGGCAUUUCAAAGAUAAUUUAUUUUUGAUAGAAUUGAUGUUCUUUAUUUAAAGAAUAGAAUUGUUAUUAAUAUAAAGUUAUGUAACAUAAUUUUAAGUUCAUAUACCAAAAAUAACUAAUUUGAAACCAAAAGUGUAAAUAACUUAGUUUAAUAAGUCGCGUAUCAUAAAGCAGCUAUUUUUAUAAUCAGAUUCAAAUAAAAAUCCAUUAUAUGUAUUCAUGUAAGGUAGAAAGAAUAUACAUUCAAAUAAUUAAGGUAAAACUAAAACACAGAAUGUGACUAUAAAAUUGUAUUCGGCAGAAUAAAAAUAUGAAAUACAUACUGAUUACCAGAAAA